GACAAGGCGCGUCUGCUGCGUCGCCGUCAGUUUGUGAACAACGGGCCUCUUCGGCUUGCUGUCUUUCCUUUUGGUUUGAUAUUGUUUGGAUUUGGGUCAGCGGUUGGCCUGCCGUGGCACCGAACAGCAUGAUGAAUCCAUGGGCAGCCACCAAGAUUCUCAACUCGGCCUCCACCUCAGCUGGCAGCUCGCGCAAAGGGUCGGAGGAGGAGGAGAACGGCUCGGAUGUAGCCGCCUCACCCUCGGCCUCCCCCAAGCGGCUCCUGCAUCCGGCGCGGAUGGCGCGCAGCCACGUCGCGCGUACAACUCAUCACAAGCUUUCUCAACAAUCGCAGCAGUCGCCUGCCGAUUUGUCUGGUAUGUUGGCCUCCCCACAAGGUCCCUCGCCCUUGCUUCUCGCCCACGACCAGGAGCGCCGAGCCAUGUUGGACUUGCAAGAUGAUAGCUGCUCCGAGCCAGAGACACCCGACGAGCCGCUCUCGUCCAGCACACUGCAAACACCUUUCCCGUUUCCCACCACCAUGCGAAAUGGCCGCCGCUCCCCCGUGAAACACGGGCUCAAGUCAGAUGAUGAGACAGAAGGCGAGGACGUCUCCAACCAACCCGAUUCGAUUGUCGCCAAUGUGCGGCGUAUCCGUGUGCGAGUCGCAGCUCGGCGUCAACGCUUGCAAAACCGCCACCCGACAGCAGAGAGCAGCGAUGAGGAUGAGCCGGAGGCAUUUGAUGCCAAGUCCUCUCAAUCGGGGCUCCCUGUGCCACGCUUUCUUUGCCCCCGAGCCACGUCCAACCCUGCUCUUCUCAGUCCCAUCGCGCGGUCCCACUCCAAGCGCGCUCCGCAGGCAUGUGGGCGUACCACGCUCAAGCGUGCUUCGGUGCAGUGCUUGCGCGAAGCAACCUCGACCCAACUGCAGGCGUUAAUCUCUCAUGACGAGGCAGAUGAGGAUACCGACCUCGAGCCGACUCAAACUGACUCCACUGACCAGAAUAUUCAGUUUCACCGCCUGGACCAGACGCACACGGCCACGGUCGCCAUGUCCAACCCUGAUGAACUGGAUCCGAGUCUGAACAACAACCGUCUCAUGUCCAUGGACCUUUCUUCCGCCUCGAGUCAAUCCCCAGCCCCGGCCGAAUCGCUUGGCAGCUGGCCGGAAUCCUCGACACUGGCCCAGCUCAUGAGCGUGUCUGCUGGUACCGUAGCCGAGGAUAAGCCCUAUGGGUCUUCGGCGGUGGCUGUGUUGCGCCCGUGCUUGAAGCGAGCCUCCCAGGAUACGCCCACUUCAUCGGCCUCUCCCUCACGCCCGGCCAGUCCACCCGAGACAUCCAAGACUUCGAAUGCGCACAGUCUGCGCGAAUGGAUGACGCUCGCGCAGAUGGCCAGCCUUUCAACCUCGAUGCGAUCAACGCUUCAGGCGGGUUCCACCUCGACCCCCGUUCCCUCUGACAAUCAACCAGCUGAUCCCGUUGCGAAUCGCCGCGCAACCAUGGGUGUGCGUGUUGCCCGUCUGACGGGUGGCAUCCGCUCUAGCCUGCUGUGA